GUGGUGGGCCGUCCCUGGGGCCGGCCUCGCCGCUGGGAUAAAUAGGCCCCGCCGGCCGGGUGGGCGGCAGAGAGAAGCCGAAGCCCAGCUCCCCUUCGCUGCCAUGGUUCCCGCAGCCGCCUGCGUUCUCCUGCUCUCCCUGGCCGCCCUCGGUGCGUCGGGUCAGGGCCAGAGCCAGGUUCCGCUGGGUGCAAACCUGGGCCCGCAGAUGCUGCGCGAACUGCAGGAGACGAAUGCGGCGCUGCGGGACGUGCGGGAGCUGCUGAGGCAGCAGGUCAAGGAGAUCACGUUCCUGAAAAACACGGUGAUGGAGUGUGACGCGUGCGGGAUGCAGCCGGCGCACACGCCCGGCCUGAGCGUGCGCCCCCUGCCCCAGUGCGCGCCCGGCUACUGCUUCCCCGGCGUGGCCUGCACCAUGACCGCCAGCGGCGCGCGCUGCGGCCCCUGCCCCGCGGGCUUCACCGGCAACGGCUCGCACUGCACCGACAUCAACGAGUGUAACGCGCAUCCCUGCUUCCCUCGGGUCCGCUGCAUCAACACCAGCCCUGGCUUCCGAUGCGAGGCCUGUCCUUCGGGGUACAGCGGCCCCGCCCACGAGGGUGUGGGGCUGCCCUUCGCCAAGACCAACAAGCAGGUUUGCACGGACAUUAAUGAGUGUGAGACUGGGCAGCAUAACUGCGUCCCCAACUCCGUGUGCGUCAACACGCGGGGCUCCUUCCAGUGCGGCCAGUGCCAGCCCGGCUUCGUGGGCGACCAAGCUUCCGGCUGCCGCCCGCGCGCCCAGCGCCUGUGCCCCGACGGCACUCCCAGCUCGUGCCACGAGAAGGCCGACUGUGUCCUGGAGCGGGAUGGCUCGAAAUCGUGUGUGUGUGCCAUCGGCUGGGCUGGCAAUGGGCUUCUCUGCGGCCGAGACACGGACCUGGACGGCUUCCCAGAUGAGAAGCUGCGCUGCUCAGAGCGCCACUGCCGCAAGGACAACUGCAUGACUGUGCCCAACUCAGGGCAGGAGGACGUGGAUCGCGACGGCAUCGGAGAUGCCUGCGACCCCGAUGCCGACGGGGACGGAGUCGUAAACGAGGAGGACAACUGCCCGUUGGUCCGGAACCCAGACCAACGCAAUUCGGAUGAUGACAAGUGGGGCGAUGCGUGUGACAACUGCCGAACCCAGAAGAACGAAGACCAGAAGGACACAGACCAGGACGGCAAAGGAGAUGCAUGCGACGACGACAUCGACGGUGACCGGAUCAGAAACGCAGUGGACAACUGUCCAAGGGUGCCCAACUCAGACCAGAAGGACAGUGAUGGUGAUGGUGUGGGGGAUGUCUGUGAUAACUGUCCCCAGAAGAGCAACCCAGACCAGAGAGAUGUGGAUCACGACUUUGUGGGAGACGCUUGUGACAGCGACCAAGACCAGGACGGGGAUGGGCUCCAGGACUCCCGGGACAACUGCCCCACAGUGCCCAACAGCGCCCAGCAGGACUCAGACCGCGAUGGACAGGGUGAUGCCUGCGAUGAGGAUGACGACAACGACAGAGUCCCUGACAAUCGGGACAACUGCCGCCUGGUGCCCAACCCGGGCCAGGAAGACUCAGAUGGCGAUGGCGUAGGUGAUGCGUGCCAGGGCGACUUCGACGCUGACAAGGUGGUGGACAAGAUCGAUGUUUGUCCAGAGAACGCCGAGGUCACCCUCACUGAUUUUCGGGCCUUCCAGACGGUGGUGCUGGACCCCGAGGGUGAUGCACAAAUAGACCCCAACUGGGUGGUGCUCAACCAGGGGAUGGAGAUUGUGCAGACGAUGAACAGCGACCCUGGCCUGGCUGUGGGUUACACUGCUUUCAAUGGCGUGGACUUCGAAGGCACAUUUCAUGUGAACACUGUCACAGACGAUGACUACGCUGGCUUCAUCUUUGGCUACCAGGACAGCUCGAGCUUCUACGUGGUCAUGUGGAAGCAGAUGGAGCAGACAUAUUGGCAGGCCAACCCCUUCCGUGCUGUGGCUGAACCUGGAAUCCAGCUCAAGGCCGUGAAGUCCUCCACGGGCCCUGGGGAGCAGCUGCGGAAUGCGCUGUGGCACACGGGGGACACGGCAUCACAGGUGCGGCUGCUGUGGAAGGACCCCCGCAACGUGGGCUGGAAGGACAAGACGUCUUACCGCUGGUUCCUGCAGCACCGGCCCCAAGUGGGCUACAUCAGAGUGCGGUUCUACGAGGGCCCUGAGCUGGUGGCUGACAGCAAUGUGGUCUUGGAUACAACUAUGCGGGGCGGCCGUCUGGGUGUCUUCUGCUUCUCCCAGGAGAACAUCAUCUGGGCCAACCUGCGCUACCGCUGCAAUGACACCAUCCCGGAGGACUAUGAGGCGCAGGGGCUGCUGCAGGCCUAGGGAUGGGUGGGGACCUGCCAUUAGAUGGCGGCCACCCUCAGGCCUGGAGCACUGAGGGGCAGCCAACCUUGGGGGAGGGAAGAGAUCAGAGAGGACAAAAUAAAGUGUGUU